AAUUAACGAGAAACAUGAAAAAAUUCCAGUUAAUAUUAAUAUUUUUAAUUUCAUAUAAUUUAAUUGAAAGUAUUAAAUGUGAGCCUGAAAUGCCAAUGGAGGCUUUGACAAUAGCGAGCAAAAUAGGAGUAAAAACCUUUACGAAAUCGAUACCAGAUCCAAUAAUACCUAAAAAUUUUGUUGAUGAAUUAAUUCAUGAGUAUAAAUACGGAAUCAAUGAUGAUGAAAAAAUACGUCCUGAAGUACGUCAUUUUUUAAAUUACAUUGUUCAUGAUCAUGAUGGUACAAAUAAAAGUCUGGAGAUACUCGAUUGGGAUAUGAAAAGAAUUGACGAAUUUUAUGUACCAUUUAAUGAACUUUUAAAGUCAAAUAAAGAUGCUAAUUUAACAGCUCUUGAAAAUUAUUUCAACCUUGUUUUAUCAGAUCAAGAUGAUGGCGUUCAAUAUGCUCUCAAUCAAAUGCAAUAUUCAACAAGGAAAAUAUUUGAUUUAUUAAAUUUAAAAAUAAACACUGUCAAAAUGUGUAACGACAACAUGGUUUUGCGUCAGCAGCAUAUAUCAAAUUUUUUAAGUGUUGCAAUAAACAAAGCAUACAAAGGAUACUUUUUAAUAAUAUCAGCAUAUAAAUUUUUGAUGAGAAAAAAUCAAGAGGAUCAUAGACAUGAAAUAAACAAUGCAGUUGAAGAAGCAGAAGUACAAAUACAACGUUUUGUUGACGAUGCACGUAGUGCAAUGUUUAAAGCAUCAAGAGAUAUUCGUAAUUGUAAUACCCAAUAUGAUAUUAAGAAUGUAACAUUCACUGAAAUUGUUGGACCAUCUCAAGGAUUCGUCUUUGAUUCAUCAGCAGUUGAUAUUAAUUCCGAUUGUCAUUCUUUUAACGUUGAAUACAAAGUCAUUCAGGACUCAUGCAAAUCUGAUAAAUCAUUAUGUUUCGAGCAGUCAUGUGCAGCAGAUGGUGGAGUACUUAAAAAUUGUGAUACAAUAGGUGGUGAUGAUAUAAAAAUAUGUCCAGCAAUAGACAAAUCGAAACGCUAUUUAUCGAUAGAAACUUCUUCUGAUAAAUGGGGAAAUGUUAUAGCAGCUAAACAAUGCCCCAAAGAUAUCAUAAAUAAAAAAAACAUAGUGGUGCCACAUUAUCUUGGUUUGACACAUACAUCAAGUAAGUUUUGUUACUGCCACUGUGAAAGAAAAAAUUGGAAGGAAGGUGAUGUUCGAGUAAUAUCUCUCCAAUGGGCUAAAGCAGAUUACUUAUCAAACAAGGUCAUUACGAGCUUGAAAUUUCAACAAGAAAAUGGUGUAAUAUCAUUGGCUGCCCAGCACGGAGUUAUUUUACCUGGUGGAUUUAUUAAUAAGAAAACAGUUCAAUGGAUUGAGCCUCUGGAACCAAAAUUAGUAGAGAUCAAAGAUGGCUAUCCAGAAUAUCAGUAUAUUCGUAAUAAUAAACGACACAGUAUCACUGAACGAAUGUUGAAAAAUGAACAAGAUUUUUUGUAUAUAACAUCUGGUCUAUCAAUAAAUCUUGACGACAUAACUGUUCCUCCAGGUCAUGUUGUCAUAGGUGCUAAAUUAAAUAAAUCUGAGGCUGUUGAUGACAAAGAUCUUGAUGUACUUGAAUUAGUUGUUUUGUCAAUGGAAUUUAAUAUUUAUACAGGUAAAUUAGAUAAUUCACAGCCACAUCACACCUCAGCAACAAAAUUCAUGAUGAAAAAACUUGGCCACACAAAAAGACAAAUGAUUAAUCUUGCAAAUGCUAGAAAUCCAAUAACAAUGCAGGGAAAAAACGAUGGACUUUCAGCUCCUCAUAGUAAACUUCGUUUUCGUGUAACUGAUAAAGUAAAAGACAUUGGUCAAUCAAUCGUUCCAUUUAUUGAUAUUCAAGAAAUAAAUUCAGAAUUGCCAGUUCCAUUAUCAAGUGUUGGUCUUUAUCAUCGUGGAUCUACUGGCUCUGGAGGUUUUAUUGGACUCAAAUUUCAAUCGUAUGAUAUAAAAAAUUACUUUGAACAAGUAAUUUUUGAUAACACAGUCGCUUAAAUGAAAAAUAAUAAAAUAAAUAUUUACGUGUUACCAUGGUUAUGUUAAAUCGAAAAAAAAUUUCGAAUCAACGAAAUAAAUAAAUGUUUUAAUCAGUAAGUAAAA